AUGUCCGACAGAGAAUUCAAUUCGACGGUCCAGAAGAUUAUUACUGAGAUUUUACCACCUAGCUCCGGCCAAACCUUCUCCAAGGAUGCGCGCGACUUGCUGAUGGAAUGCUGUGUUGAAUUCAUCACCCUAAUCUCCUCCGAAGCAAACGAUAUCAGCGAGAAGGAGGCUAAGAAGACCAUCGCUUGUGAACAUGUGGAGAAGGCAUUACGGGAUCUCGGCUUCAGUGAUUAUAUCGGCGAUGUACUCGCCGUUGCCGAAGAACACAAGCAGCAGCUGAAGUCGCGAGAGAAGAAGCAGAGCAAGAUGGAACAAAGUGGUCUGACAGAAGAGGAGCUUCUACGGCAACAACAGGAGCUAUUCCGAUCAGCGACUGACAAAUACCAUGCUGUCCCGGAAUAG